GGCGAUCCCGAUUGAAUUAGUGAAGUGGAAAUUUACAUCGGGAUCAAUUUACCUGCCGGUGCACCUGCAGAGAGCCUUUCAUCAUUUUACUACAGACGACAAUCAAAGGCAAAGAGAAUGGUAUUAACAAGAGCUGUGUCCGAUGUCUUCAUUGUGGCAGCCAAAAGGACUGCCUUUGGAACAUUUGGAGGCAAGUUUGUCAAAACCUCCCCAACAGACCUUAUGAUUCAUGCCUCAAAAGCAGCUCUAGAGGCUGGUAAAGUCAAUCCAGAAGUGGUCAACUCUGUUGUGAUUGGAAAUGUCAUUCAGGCUUCAGCCACAGAUGGAAUCUACAUUUCUCGCCAUGUGGGACUGAAGUGUGGGGUUCCAGAGGCAGUGCCAGCUCUGACCGUCAACAGACUGUGUGGGUCAGGAUUCCAGGCCGUUAUCAAUGGAGCUCAGGAGAUUAUGCUUGGAGAGAGUCAGAUUGUCUUGUGUGGAGGUGUGGACAACAUGAGCAUGGCUCCUUAUGCUGUCAGGGAUAUUCGCUUUGGAACAAGACUUGGAAAGGCACCAGAGAUGGAAGACAUUCUUUGGGACAGCCUCACAGAUUCCUACACUGGAUUUCCCAUGGCCAUCACAGCUGAAAAUCUGGCAGAACAAUACAAAAUCAGUAAGGAAGACUGUGACAAGUAUGCUCUUCAAACACAACAAAGAUGGAAGGCUGCUCAAGAUGCUGGAGUUUUCAAAGCAGAGAUUGCCCCUAUCACAAUGAAAGGCAAAAAAGGACCAGAAAGCUUUGAAGUAGAUGAACAUCCCAAGCCACAGACCACCCUUGAAGGUUUGGCAAAACUGCCAGCCAUCUUCAAGAAAGGAGGAACAGUGUCUGCCGGCAAUGCCUCUGGUGUGUGUGACGGUGCUGCUGCUGUGGUGGUUGCUAGUGGUGCUGCUGUGAAGCAACACAACCUGACCCCACUCGCCCGUCUGGUUGCAUAUGGCAUCUCUGGUUGUGAUCCAAAAGUAAUGGGCAUCGGACCUGCUCCUGCUUCAAGAGCUGCCUUAAAAUCUGUAGGAAAGAGUAUUGAAGACAUGGAUAUUGUUGAGGUUAAUGAAGCAUUUGCUCCACAAUAUCUGGCAGUAAAGAAGGAAUUAGGGUUAAACAAUGACAUCACCAACAUGAAUGGUGGAGCCAUUGCUCUUGGACAUCCAUUGGCUGCCUCUGGGACCAGAAUUACCGGACAUCUUGCUCAUGAAUUACAACGACAGAACAAGAAGUUGGCCCUAGGGUCAGCUUGCAUUGGUGGGGGGCAGGGCAUCACUGUCAUUCUGGAGAAAUGUUGAUGGGAUUAAGUUUUGGGAUGCAUGACUUUUGAAAUCAAGUGCUAUCAAAAUUACAUUUAAAUUGACUGUGAUAUGUAGCAAAUUGACCAUAGCUCAGGAUACAAAAAGAACAAAAUGUGACAUUUACUACAAUUCUUAUGAGGCUGAAUUGUAUAUUAUCCAUUCACUUAUACAAUCAAAUACUUGUAAAUGCAGUGGCACUUUCAUAAACCUGUUCACUCAUCUGCAAUGGUGGGAGGAGAGUUACCACAGCUAUUGAAAAAAAAUAAAAAAUAAAUCCAAUUACAA